AUGUCCGCCAACAUUCUGGAGGAAGCAAAGCUGUGUAUUCAUGAGCUGAAUAAGGUGCAACUGUUGAACCCAGAAGUUACCUAGCAGACCACAGAGCAAGAGGACUGUAAGGACUUGGCAGACAGAACUGGCCACUUUCAGAAAACAGUUGUUGGCUCAAUUGAGUUGAUUGACCAACUUGCAAAGGAAGCAGAAUAUCGGAAGGUGAAGGUUAUGGCUACUACGACCUCUAUAAGCAGAGACGCCUCACAGUAA